CAGGUUGGGCCCCGCCCCUCCCCGGCUCGCCCCGCCCGCCCUCCCGAGGGCAGAGUCGGGAGGGGGGAGUGGUGCCGAGUCCCUGAGCCGCGCGGCUCUGCCACCCGCUGACGCACGGUCGAAAAGUUGCGCUCCAACCUUCUCCCUCCUCCUACUUUCUUCCUGGGGCCUGGCUGUUUGUGGAGUUGGAGCCGGGCGGGGAGGAGCCGGCUCCCCACACCGCCCGGUGCCCGGCGCGGGUGACGGCUCGGGGGCCCGCGUCCCCAGAACGGCGGCACAAACUUUCCCGGCUGUUUGGGGAUACUUGUCCGGAGAGUCCAGCACUUGGGGGGAGGAGGAGCCGGGUCCGCGGACAGAUCUUGGAAGCCUUCUUCUGGGAGUUUCCAGAAGUGCCCAGUGUUGGAGAAAUCUUUUCUGUCGCUCUGGUACAGUGGAGAGAGCAAAUACAGCUCAGCAGUAGGCUCCUGAAGAGAGCAAUCACAGUGGUUCCCUGGACCUUCGGUUCUCUCUCUUCUCUCUCGAAACCACGCUGCCCACCUCCUGCGGAGUGUUUUGUCUGGUUGACGACUUGCUAGGUGUUCUCAGGCUUCUCCCCUGGCUGAGCUGUGUGCAUUGUUACAGCAAUUAGAGAUCCUAGAAAAAUGACUGAGACCCUGGAGAGCCCAGGAUUCCUCCAACUACUUUUGGAGAAACAGUGAUCUAAACUGACGGAAGUUUUGGCAGAGCGUUAACUUUUCAUAUUCCCAGCGCUAUGACCCCCAUAAGGAAAGGUUUCAGAAGAUGACAGUGAAAUGUGAAGAAGUUACGUUUCUUAUGUGAUACUGGAAAGUUAGUGACUGCUUGCCAAAUUUUCCUGAAAAUUAAAUAUGACUUAGAAGCACUGAUUUAUGAAGACUUAUGAUGUCAUCAGUUACGACGGAAAACAAACUCCAGCAGGCCGUGAGCCUGCAGGGAGUAGACCCAGAAACAUGCCUGAUUGUAUUUAAAAACCACUGGGCACAGGUCGUGAAGAUCUUAGAGAAGCAUGACCCCUUGAAGAACACCCAGGCAAAAUAUGGGUCCAUCCCUCCAGAUGAGGCCAGUGCUGUACAGAAUUAUGUAGAACACAUGCUCUUCUUGCUGAUUGAAGAGCAAGCCAAGGAUGCUGCAAUGGGGCCAAUUCUGGAAUUUGUGGUCUCAGAGAACAUCAUGGAGAAGCUCUUUCUUUGGAGCCUGCGGAGGGAAUUUACUGAUGAGACUAAAAUCGAGCAGCUCAAGAUGUAUGAGAUGUUGGUCACCCAAUCCCACCAGCCUUUGCUACACCACAAGCCCAUCCUGAAGCCCCUGAUGAUGUUGCUGAGCUCUUGUUCGGGAACAACCACACCCGCUGUGGAGGGGAAGCUGGUUGUCCUGCUCAAUCAGCUUUGUUCCAUCCUUGCCAAAGAUCCCUCUAUCCUGGAACUCUUCUUCCACACUAGUGAGGACCAAGGGGCCGCCAACUUCCUCAUCUUCUCCCUUCUGAUUCCCUUCAUUCACCGAGAGGGGACAGUAGGUCAGCAGGCCCGGGAUGCUUUGCUGUUCAUCAUGUCCCUGUCUGCCGAGAACAGCAUGGUGGCCCAUCACAUUGUGGAGAACACCUACUUUUGUCCAGUACUUGCAACCGGGCUCAGUGGUCUCUACUCUUCCCUGCCUACCAAGCUGGAAGAGAAGGGUGAGGAGUGGCACUGCCUUCUGAAAGACGACUGGCUCCUGCUCCCUCCUCUCGUCCAGUUCAUGAACUCCCUGGAGUUCUGCAACGCCGUCAUCCAGGUGGCUCACCCCUUGAUUCGCAAUCAGCUUGUCAAUUAUAUUUACAAUGGAUUCUUGGUACCGGUCUUGGCUCCUGCGCUCCACAAGGUGACUGUGGAGGAGGUCAUGACCACAACUGCGUAUCUGGACCUUUUCCUGCGUAGUAUCUCCGAGCCAGCGCUACUCGAGAUCUUCCUCCGUUUUAUCCUUUUGCACCAGCAUGAGAAUGUCCACAUCCUAGAUACCCUCACAAGCCGAAUCAACACCCCAUUUCGGCUCUGUGUGGUGUCCCUGGCAUUAUUUAGAACUCUUAUCGGUUUACAUUGCGAAGAUGUGAUGUUACAACUAGUUCUAAGGUACCUGAUCCCUUGCAACCACAUGAUGCUGAGCCAGAGGUGGGCUGUGAAGGAGAGAGACUGCUACUCUGUGUCUGCGGCCAAGCUGCUCGCCCUGACCCCCGUCUGCUGCUCCAGCGGGAUCACCCUGACGCUUGGCAACCAGGAGAGGGAUUAUAUUCUCUGGUCGAAGUGGACGCACGAUAGUGCAGGGACUGCCGAGCAGCCACCGGCCGAGGCGUUCUCUCCAUCGGCCUGCAUCGUGGAGUACGGCAAAGCCCUGGACGUCAGCUAUCUGCAGUACCUGUGGGAGGCCCACGCCAACAUCCUCUGCUGCAUGAGGGACUGCCGAGCCUGGUCCGCCCUGUAUGACGGAGACUCUCCCGACCCUGAGACCUUUUGCCAGGGUCUGACAGAGGACAGUGCUCUCACCCCCACCUAUCCGGUGUUCCGGCUCCCGCAGCAGCUCCCCAGGAAGACCGGCCCCGCACUGGCUCCAAGAAAGGACAAGAGCCAGACGGAACUGGAGUGGGAUGAUAGCUACGACACGGGCAUCUCCUCGGGGGCAGACGUGGGUUCCCCUGGGCCUUUGGAUGAUCUGGAGAAUUCAGGCCCGCCGGCACCUGUCGAUCCCCCCAAACACAUCCAGGAGAUGAAGAAGAACGCCAUCCUGCUCUUCAAAGGGUCCUACAUCGAGGAGUCUGACUUUCAGGAUGAUGUGAUGGUGUACAGGCUAUGUGCCGAGAAGGACGCUGAGGACACGAGGGAUUCCCAGGAGGGGAGCGUGAGGCCCUCCAGCCCAGCCCAGACUGACGAUCGGGGGCCCCCCCUGAGCAACGGCCCCCUGUCCCGUGCUCAGUCAGAAACAGACUCAGAGGAGGAACAGAACAGGGACAGUUCAGACCCGUUUCAAAAGGUAUCCGAGGAAACAAAACAAGAAGACGAGCCUGAGACAGCCCUAGAAUCGAACUCCGAGUCAGCGCCUCCCCUCUCUGAGGCGGAACACAAUUCAGACCCAAUGGAGGUGAACCUGGGGGCUGACGAUUUCAUUGCCCAGUAUGACCAAAUCAUUAAGGAACUGGAUUCUGGCACCGAGGGCUCGAUAGAACAGAAGUUCCCCUCCCCUGAUCUCUUGACUCUCUCGAAAGAGCACGAGGGGAAGGAAGAAGAGAGCGAAGGAGAAAAGGAGGAAGCAGAAGAGGGGAAGAAGGCCCUGGAAGAGCAAGAGGAUGACUUUGAUUCUUUUAUAGCAGAAACCCCCACCACGGAUACCGUGCCAUCCCCGUUUGGGGCGAGAGAUGAGCCUGCCUUUGCCAGUCACCGUCCUGUGAGGACUCAGAGCACCCCAUUCACAGGCCCCUUCAUCAGCGUGGUUUUGUCGAAGCUGGAGAACAUGCUGGAGAACUCUCUCCACGUUAACUUGCUGCUCAUCGGGAUCAUCACGCAGCUGGCCAGCUACCCCCAGCCACUCCUGCGCUCCUUUCUGCUCAACACCAACAUGGUCUUCCAGCCGAGCGUGCGUUCUCUCUACCAGGUCCUCGCAUCGGUGAAAAACAAGAUCGAGCAGUUUGCUUCCGUGGAGAGAGACUUCCCAGGGCUCCUCAUACAAGCCCAGCAGUAUCUGCUCUUCCGAGUGGACAUGUCUGACUUGACCCCCGAGUCGCUAACCAAAGAUCCCAUUCAGGAUGCUUCCAGGACAGGAAUUGGCAAGAACCUUUUGGACGGUCCCCCGAGAGUGCUUCAGCCCUUCCUGACAAACAGAGCCAAGGUGGCUGGGGUGCCCCCAAGCCUGCCCCUGCCAGUGAGGAACACCAUGCUGGCCGCUGCCCUCUUCCCUGAGUUCCUCAAGGAACUGGCUGCCUUGGCUCAGGAACACUCCAUUCUGUGCUACAAGAUCCUGGGUGACUUUGAGGACUCCUGUUGUUAGCUUUUUUUUUUUUUAAUAGAGGUUCUUGUUUUUUAAGGUUUUAGUGUCUUGACUGAAUGUUAAAUGCAAAGCUGCUUACAGAAAUUUCUACUUUGAUAUUUCCUGACAAUACUUGAUUUGCGGGGAGGGCGAUUUUCUGUCUACCUCCUCUCUCUCUAGCCGGGUCUUUCCACCUUCUGUAGAAUGUCAGCCUCAUAAGCUGGUGGCUCCUUUGGCAGGUUUUCUUUCUUCCCCCUCAAGAUUUUC